AUGGCACGCGAGAAUGAUAAUGAAGCAAAUGAGGGCUCGAUUGGUGGGGUGGCCAAACAGUGUCGGGCCCGCUUCGAGGAAUGCCUUCAUCUACAACCCUUGGUACAAUAUGAAUGGGCCGAGAACCGAUUAGCUGAGUUCAAUCUUUGGGCGGCAGGCACUGGUGCGUUUGCUGGCGAAAGAGCGUCCCUUGAUUCCAGGCUUGCUCACCAGCCCGAUACGCGUGAUUUCGUGAUCAACAUCCUCAGUCUCCUCCAAGGCUGUAUCGAGAAGUGUAGGGAUGUCGCACUUGGGCUACCCGAGGAAGCCAUCUUCAAAGAUAUCCCAACCUUGGGUACUUCUGAUCCGGCUGGCCAUACUGGGACGGAAACUCCGGAGCCCCCCGAGCUUAUCCCACGAUCAUUUUCACCUUGGUCAGAUAUGUCCUCCACAGAUUCGUGGCCGGAGGAGACACCGGCAGGAGCAUUGGAUCUCUCUUCUUCGUCAUGCGCUACCGUCCAGUAUGAGGUAGAGCAGGUUCUUGACAGUCUAACAAGGAUAGCCGUGGUCAUCAGGAAAUCCGGCGCAAAUUUCCGCAAUCAAAAAGCUGACCGCCUGUUCGACCCAAAAGCGCACCAAAAACUACGAUCGCAUCUGGAAAUCCUUGUUCUGGCCCGUGGAAGCAAGACCGGCCGCGAUAGAUGGGAUGUUGAUGCCAGAGAUCUCACGCCAAUCCAAGAGCGUCUUAUGAUAUCGAAUCUUCGAAGGCGGAACCGUUUCGUUUAUGCUCAAAGGCAUGCCCAGAAAUUAGGAAUCGAUGCCGAAAAGGCGCAUAGCAACCCUGAGCCAUCAAGAGAUGACAGUCCCAUGACUGUGGACAAGAUAACGCCCCAAACACAAAUUACCGUCCCGGAAUCCCCCGCCCUGCCGCUAGGCUUGGACAAUACUCCAGGCGCAUCCUCUGCUAUAAUGUCUGCGACAACGGCUUCAGCUGUUGAUUCUCAAAUUGAAGAACGCCAUGAUGACACGAUCAGAGAAGAUCAGCACCAGACACUUACAGCGAGUGCUGCAGUCCUGGCGCCAAGUGGCCUCAGCAGCUGCCCACUUUGCGACGAGACAGACACUGCAGAUUCCGAGCGUCUGCUGGACCACGUUCUUGAACACGUGCAUGAAUUCUCAAUGAGAUCGUUGCCAUGGCCCACGGCAGAAACUGGAGAUGAUGAGAAUCGCGUUUGGGACUAUUUCAGAAAUAAUGACUACUUUGAUGAGGGUACGGAUGGACAAUCCAGUCGGCUCACCGUAUCGGAUGCAUCCGAUCAGGAUUUGGCUGGGCUUGCUUCUCUGCCCUCAAAUGGCUCUUUUGCUCCCUCCGAUGUCGAAAAUAUAUAUCCUGACUCUGCUGGCGAUCACGGCUUUCAGUAUACGGCAAAGAGCAUGUCGUUCGAUGAAGCAGCAAUGACUAAGCGACAGGAACUACUGGAAGAUCUACGAAACAAAAUACUUGCGUGCAGAAGGGGCGAGAACGCCAGCGCCAUCGUCUGCUUCUCUGACUUGAAAGAUGUGUACAAGGGUCGCCUACAGGAUAUACAAGCAAUCGCGCGACUAACGACCGAACAAGCUACUGAGGUGCUCACCCAAAUGUUGAAGCUCUUUUCGUUCUUCGUCAUUUUGCCUGCACCUCUGGAAUGGUUUGACCAAUUCCAAAGCUUAUUUUUCGCGGGCGCCUCCCAUUCGUCGUUCCAAGACAAACAUAUGCCACUGCAUAAAGCACUGGCCGCGAACCUCAAACUUGAGCAUUUCCUAUACAGAUGGCCGGAACAAUAUCUGCUCAUUCCAGCAGUGAUCGACUUCGGCACCGACAAGCCGCAAAUUAUUACCGACAAACGCAUACGUCUUCCAUAUCUCGAAAGUCCUGGAAACUAUGAUGGAGGGUUCGGCGGUGUCAAGUGUUGGAUGCUAGCGCCCGAGCAUAUCGACAGAGGUGAAACACAAUAUAAAAAUCCUGUUGCCGCCGCAGUCAAGACUUUCAUCGGCCUGCCCAAUGAGGUCGGAUAUAAGCAAAUACUGAAAAAGCGCCUGACAGGAGUCAAAGGUCUCUCGCUUCACCAGGCCAUAUUGGGAUUGGCAAACGGUGAAAUCAAGAUCUUUCUGCCCUGGCCUGAGCAUGGGAGCCUUGACACUUUUCUAUCUGGCGGCCAAAAUCCUUCCGAAUGGAACGCAGGUUAUUACUUCCCAGCCGCGUUUCCCCGUGCCGAACAAAGCAUCGACAGGCUUGCGACGGCCUUGCUAAAACAGUGUUUUUCAGUAGCAGGAGCAAUGAAAUUUCUCCACGACGGUUUCCCCGGCCGACUUGACCGCUAUUAUUGUGUCUGUAUGGAUUUGAAGCCCGACAAUAUCUUGAUUUUCCAGGGUAGCGCAGAGAGCAUGGUCGGCACAUGGAAAAUUACCGAUUUUAGCAUUUCAGUCAUCAAGCAUUGGACAGAUCCUGUUAAUUUUGUUGGCACAGUGGGCGACCUGUUCCGCAAAUACACGGUGGAUACAGAGGCCAGUCGCGAACAAGGCGCCUACACACCACCAGAAGUCCUUUCCACGACCAGUCGCGACAGUCGCCGUCUUGGUAGAGGAGUGGAUGUCUGGGCUUUUGGGGCAAUUUUUGCAGAAGUCUUGGCCUUCACUUUGGGACAUGCCCCAGAAGUUGAUAGAUUGACGGCUAUCCGCAGGGCCGGAGUCAGUGUCGUAGCUGAUGAUUACUUUUACUCUCGAAAGUCUUCGGCCUCGCUCGCUGUGCCUGGACAACAGGCGGGUGAGCUUCAGUUCGAAUUGAAACCAGGCGUUCAGGAUUGGCUUUUCGAAUGUGUAGAUAAAUGGUCAGAGGACCGACUAUACGUGAAGUACUGGGUGCGUUGUAUCAGUCGUGCAUUAUCGGUCGACCAUGAACGAAGACCCACAGCAACUCAGCUUCUCGACGACGUUGGCAUCACACAAACUUCUGCAUUUACUGUCGUUGGCGAGGAUCUGCCAUCGUAG